AUGGAUACGCUUAUCGGCGCCGGCGUCGGCUCGACCACCGCCGUGGCCGUAGGCGUAACUCACAAAAACUCCGUCCUCCUCCGCUCUGCUCCAAUCGGUUCUUUGAUCCUCCGGAAACCGAUAUUCCCGGCGAAUUCCUUGCGGAUUCGUCGACGACCGGCGGCGGCGGUGAGAGCAGAGGCGGCGAUUGAUCUCAGCGAUCCCGAUUGGAAACUGAAGUAUGAGAGAGAUUUCGAGGAGCGAUUCAACAUCCCUCACAUCACUGAUGUGUUCCCAGAUGCAGAAGCCAUCCGUUCCACGUUUUGUCUCAAGAUGAGGUCUCCGACGGCAGAAUUCUCCGGAGGUUACCCGUCCGAUGAAGAAUGGCAUGGAUACAUUAACAACAAAGACAGAGUGCUUCUCAAGGUUAUAAAAUACUCAUCACCAACUUCUGCUGGAGCUGUGUGUAUUGAUCCUGACUGCACUUGGAUUGAGCAAUGGGUUCAUCGUGCUGGGCCACGAGAGAAGAUAUACUUCAGACCUGAGAAAGUGAAGGCAGCGAUUGUUACUUGUGGUGGGCUUUGUCCUGGUCUCAAUGACGUCAUUAGACAUAUUGUGAUCACUUUAGAGAUAUAUGGUGUGAAGAACGUCGUUGGGAUACCUUUUGGCUAUCGUGGCUUCUCUGAUAAGAACCUACCUGAAAUGCCGCUGUCGAGGAAAGUGGUGCAAAAUAUUCAUCUAUCAGGUGGAAGCUUGCUUGGGGUUUCACGUGGAGGACCGCCUGUUGGUGAGAUCGUGGACAGCAUGGAGGAGAGAGGGAUCAACAUGCUUUUCGUGCUUGGCGGUAACGGAACUCAUGCUGGUGCCAAUGCUAUUCACAAUGAGUGUCUUAAAAGAAGGAUGAAGGUAGCUGUGGUUGGUGUACCCAAGACCAUCGAUAAUGAUAUUCUUCAUAUGGAUAAAACUUUUGGGUUUGACACUGCCGUUGAAGAAGCACAGCGAGCUAUAAACUCUGCAUACAUCGAGGCACAUAGUGCUUAUCAUGGCAUUGGCGUUGUGAAACUGAUGGGUCGUAGCAGUGGAUUCAUCGCCAUGCAAGCUUCCUUAGCGAGCGGACAAGUCGACAUUUGUCUGAUCCCCGAGGUUCAUUUCAAUCUCCAUGGACCUCAUGGUGUGUUGAAACAUUUGAAGUACCUUAUCGAAACAAAAGGCUCUGCUGUUAUCUGUGUUGCAGAAGGAGCCGGUCAGAGUUUCCUAGAGAACACGAAUGCGAAAGAUGCGUCUGGAAAUAAAGUCCUCGGUGACAUCGGUGUUCACAUUCAACAGGAGACGAAGAAAUAUUUCAAGGAGAUUGGUGUUUCGGCGGAUGUGAAGUAUAUAGAUCCAACGUACAUGAUCCGAGCUGUCAGAGCGAAUGCAUCAGAUGGAAUCCUCUGCACGGUCUUAGGACAAAACGCUGUUCAUGGAGCGUUUGCAGGGUACAGUGGAAUCACUGUGGGGAUAAUCAACACACAUUACGCUUACUUACCGAUCCCUCAAGUGAUUGCUUAUGCGAAAUCAGUUGAUCCCAAUAGUCGGAUGUGGCAUCGUUGCUUAACUUCCACGGGUCAGCCUGAUUUUAUCUAA